GGCGCUGUCACCUGUCCAGGGGAGGAGCCAGAAAGGAACCUAGCGUUUUGCUGCUCCGAGGCACUGGAGUCGGGAGAACAGUUCACGACAAUGAAGGGCACCAAAGGCAUUGAGAACCCGGCUUUCAUUCCCUCCAGCCCAGACACCCCGCACCGCUUGUCGGCGUCGCCCUCCCAGGUGGAAGUCUCUGCUUUAUCCUCCGACACCCAGAGGGAGGGUUCUCAGCCACAGGAGUCUCCAGAGUCCCACAAGUCACGGGAACCUCCUCUGCCUUCAGCAACUGUCCCGGCUUCCGAAGAGCGCCCCGGACCACAGUCGGAGUUUGAGGAGGGGCCUUGCGGAUGGAGCAACUUGCAUCCCCAGUGUCUCCAGCGCUGCAACACGCCACAAGGGUUUCUGAUUCACUACUGCCUGUUGGCCCUCACUCAAGGUGUUGUUGUAAAUGGCCUAGUAAAUAUCAGCAUAUCCACUAUUGAGAAGCGCUAUGAGAUGAAAAGUUCCCUGACUGGCCUGAUAUCAUCAAGCUACGAUAUUGCCUUCUGUUUAUUGUCAUUAUUUGUAUCAUUCUUUGGUGAAAGAGGACACAAGCCCAGAUGGCUUGCAUUUGCAUCCUUUAUGAUAGGACUGGGGGCACUUGUAUUUUCCUUGCCACAGUUUUUUAGUGGUAGAUAUCAACUGGGGUCCAUUUAUGAAGACACUUGCUCAACAACAAGGAAUAGCACCAGUUGUACCUCAUCCAACUCUUCGCUUUCUAACUACUUGUAUGUCUUCAUCUUGGGGCAACUGUUGCUGGGGACUGGAGGAACCCCUCUCUACACCCUGGGAACAGCCUUUAUUGAUGAUUCUGUGCCCACUCACAAGUCUUCUCUCUACAUAGGAAUCGGCUAUUCUAUGUCAAUCUUAGGCCCAGCCAUUGGCUAUGUUUUGGGAGGACAACUGUUAACCAUGUACAUUGAUGUUGCUAUUGGAGAAAGCUCUGGUAUCACUGAGGAUGAUCCACGAUGGUUGGGGGCUUGGUGGAUUGGAUUUCUCAUAUCUUGCUUCAUUGCUUGGUCUUUGAUAGUACCUUUCUCUUGCUUCCCCAAACAUUUACCAGGUACAGCAAAAAUUCAAGCUGGAAAAAUUUCCCAGACUCAUCAGAAUAAGAGUAGUUCCUUGCAACACACAGAUGAGAAUUUUGGAAAAAGUUUUAAAGAUUUCCCAGCUGCUCUGAAGAAUUUGAUGAGGAAUACUGUCUUUAUGUGUUUAGUUUUAUCAACUUCUUCAGAAGCCUUAGUUACUACUGGAUUUGCAACAUUUUUACCUAAAUUUAUAGAAAAUCAAUUUGGACUGUCAUCCAGCUUUGCAGCUACCCUUGGAGGAGCUGUUUUGAUUCCUGGAGCUGCUCUUGGUCAGAUUUUAGGAGGUGUUCUUGUUUCAAAGUUCAAAAUGACAUGUAAAAAUACAAUGAAAUUUGCAUUGUUCACAUCUGGAGUUGCACUUGUGCUGAGUCUUAUAUUUAUUUAUGCCAAAUGUGAAAAUGAGCCAUUUGCUGGUGUGUCUGAAUCAUAUAAUGGAACAGGAGAACUGGGAAAAUUGACAGCCCCUUGUAAUAGCAAUUGUAGCUGUUCACGAUCCUAUUAUUAUCCACUCUGUGGAGUAGAUGGAGUCCAGUAUUUUUCUCCAUGCUUUGCAGGUUGUUCAAAUUCUGUUUCAGAUAAGAAAACAAAGGUAUAUUACAACUGUUCCUGUAUUGAAAGGAAAGCAGAAAUAACACCUAUGGCAGAUAAUUUUGGUUUUGAAGCUAAAGCAGGAAAAUGUGAAACUCACUGUGCGAACUUGCCGAUAUUUCUUGGCAUUUUCUUUGUUGCAAUUAUUUUUACCUUUAUGGCUGGUACUCCAAUAACUGUGUCCAUAUUAAGGUGUGUUAAUCAAAAUCAACGAUCUCUAGCAUUAGGAAUACAGUUCAUGUUACUUCGAUUAUUAGGCACAAUACCUGGACCAAUUAUAUUUGGUGUCACAAUCGACAGCACAUGUAUUCUCUGGGAUAUUAAUCAAUGUGGAAUUAAAGGUGCUUGCUGGAUUUAUGAUAACAUAAAGAUGGCUCAUAUGCUAGUAGGUAUAGCUGUUACUUGUAAAGUUAUCACCAUUUUCUUCAAUGGACUUGCAAUCUUUUUGUAUAAACCACCACCACUGAACACAGAUGUGUCAUUUCAAAAUCAGAAUGCAGUUGUGACAACGGUUGCAGUAGAAAGGGAUCUCAACAAAGCAGGAAAUGAAGGGUGAAGAGGAAAAGAUUAUUUGACAGUUGGAAAAUUGACCUCCAUUUCUAAGAACACACAGUGCCACAGCAGCAUUAUCUACCGAGUAUAGUCAAUGGUAUUUUAAACAUUGAUGGUUUAUAAUCACAUGUGUUUGUUGUAUAUGUAUGGACUCUUGAUUUUCAUACAAGAAACAGACCUGUGCCUUCAAAGCCAACCAAAGCCUCAAAACACAGGCUCACUUAUUUUUCACUGUCUAGGUAUGAAAUCUCCAACCAAUAACAAGAAAAAUAGCUAAAAAUUAGUUUAAAAUCCAUAUUUAAGAAACACCAUGAUGAAAAGUUUUUAUUUUGUUUACAACUUGUUGCAUUUUUGUCUCUAAUAAUCUAAACGUAUUUGGGAAACUUGUAAUGUAAAAAUUUAAACUAAUCACUGUUAUGUUAUUGUUUCUUGGAAUUUUGAAAGUCCAUGAAUUUAAAGGCAGCUUUACAAUGUAAUUUGUUUUUAAAUUACAUAUAUUAAUCUGAUCUUUAUUUUACUAAAGUUACUUUAUUGAACUAUUUAGAAUAUAGGUAGGUUACUUACCUUCUUUGUGUCCCAGUAUAUGAAAAAUUUCAACAUCAAAUAUACAAGUUCAUUUCAACAUAAGAUUUCCAGUAGCUGAUUUUUUAUGUUGCUGAUUUUUAAUACUUAUUUUUUUGUUCUGUGAUAGUAUUAUUCAAUUAUAUAUAUUUCAGAAGAAAGAACCAGCUUCCACAAUGAAAAGUGCCAAUUAGACAUAAAAAGAUUCCUUAAUGUGAUAUUACUUGUAUACAGAAUAAUUUUUCUUAAUUUUAAACCUGAUAACCUAGCACAUUACUUAGACUACCUACAAUAUGGCUUUGCACAUAGAAGGCAUCUAUUAUUGUUAUUUGAUUAAAACAUUAAACCCUGUUCUUUGCUGCAUUUAGUAUAAAGGUGAAGUAUUCCAUAAACCUGAUAAAAUUAUAAAUAAACUUCAUUUAUGUAGGUCAGAUUUAUGUCAAAUUUACUCAGAAUAUAGAGGAACUAGUUCAAAUCAACCAAAGCAACUUCUACUAUUGUUAAAAAUUUUACUGACUAGAAAAGUGUUAUCAGAUUUUCCCCAUCAGAGCCUUCCCCUAGGUUUUUUUUUUUUUUUU